AUGGAAAUCGAGGAACGUCAAAAACCAAAUAUUGUCGUGACUGGGACUCCGGGAACCGGCAAGUCAACCCAUGCACAGGCUUUAGUUGAAGCAUGCUCCGGACUAUUGCAGCAUAUCAAUGUCGCUGAGCUGAUAAAGCAGAAAGGGCUAUAUGAAGGAUAUGAUGAGGAAUGGCAGACAUACAUGGUUGACGACGAUAAGGUCAUCGAUGAGCUUGAGCCGCUGGCGCAAGAAGGUGGCCUCAUUCUUGACUGGCAUACUUGCGAUGUAUACCCAGAACGGUGGAUCGAUCUCGUUGUUGUGCUUCAAUGUGACCAUGGCCUGCUAUGGAAACGUUUGGAGAGACGGAACUAUCCACUGAAAAAGAUUCAAGAGAACAACGAAUGCGAAAUAAUGUGCACCGUACUCGAGGAAGCUCGGGAAUCUUAUGCAGAAGAAAUUGUGGUCGUUUUACAGAGUGAAGAGCCGGAGGACGUCGAAAGCAAUGUUGCUCGCAUGGUUCAGUGGGUGGAGAAUUGGAAAGCUGACAGAGGCCUCUCAUAG